AUACGCCUCUUGAUUGUGGAUCGUGGCCUCGACUCCACACAGUAUAUCGUAGGCUCCUCGGCCCAAUUGUGUGCUAGUGGAAAAGCUUAAGUAGACUCCGCACUCGCUUCUCAGCCUACCACCAACCGCCAGUGCUGAAACUCGCAACCCUUCCCUUUACGACUUUUGCCGCGCAUGAAAAGGAAAACGGACACCAUGCCUGGCGAGCCUGCAAAACGCCCAAAGCGGGAGGCGGCCAGGAAAGCGCAAGGCGACGAUGAGGCGGCGCUCCCAAAAAAGAGAUUCUACCGUCAGCGUGCGCAUGCUAAUCCGUUUUCUGACCAUUCUUUGACCUACCCCAAAAGCCCAGCAGACAUGGACUGGGCAAGUCUAUAUCCUGCAUAUUCAUUAAAAAAAAGUGAGGAGGUAGUCAAUGAUGCGGGUGGGAUGGAGGUCUGUGGGUCACAUGACGAGACCCCGAGCGACAAAAUUCGAAAGUCGACAAGAGCUACCACAAAAAAUGUUGAGAUUGCGGAUAUCGGUUGCGGGUUUGGCGGUCUCCUAUUUGCUCUCGCACCUCAAUUCCCAGAUACCCUGAUUCUUGGCAUGGAAAUCCGUAUGUCGGUCACCGAGUACGUACAUGAUAAGAUUCGCGCAUUGCGUGUCCAGAACGCGGCAUCGGACACAGGUACUUAUCAGAACAUUGCCGUCCUUCGCGCAAAUACCAUGAAGUUUCUUCCCAACUUCUUCACCAAACACCAGCUACACUCAAUUUUCCUUUGCUUUCCAGAUCCGCAUUUUAAGCAACGGAAGCACAAGGCACGCAUAGUAUCCUAUACACUCAACUCGGAAUAUGCAUAUGUGUUAAGGCCGGGCGGCAUCGUGUAUACAAUCACAGACGUGAAAGAUCUUCAUGAGUGGAUGGUUGGACACUUUGAGAAACAUCCUAGUUUUGAGCGGGUUGGCGAAGAGGAGUAUGAUGGUGAAGGCGAUGGAGAAAUUCGGCAGAGGGUUAGGAUUAUGAGGACAGAGACGGAGGAGGGCAAAAAGGUCGAGAGGAAUAAUGGCGACAAAUUCGUGGCUCUUUUUAGGAGGACUGAGGAUCCGCCGUGGCCGACAGAGGGAUAG